CGGAACGUCACCCAGUAUCCUCCGCCCCCACAUGAACCAGGCCAACGGUCCCCCUCAGCUCAUCUGCUUUGUUGCAUUAUGGCAGAAGUAGCUCCAGCUCCGGCUCCAGCCUCUCCGGCUAAAGCAACCAAGAAGAAGGCUUCAAAGACCGCGAAGAAGAAGAAGACCGGACCCAGCCUCGGCGAGCUCAUCGUCAAGGCUGUGGCCGCGUCCAAGGAGCGCAAUGGUGUCUCUUUGGCGGCCCUCAAGAAGUCUUUGGUGGCCUUUGGUUACGACGUGGACAAGAACAAGUCCCGCGUCAGAACCGCAGUUGUGGGCUUGGUCACCAAGGGCACUCUCGUCCAGACCAAGGGCACCGGCGCUUCUGGCUCCUUCAAGAUGAACAAGAAGGCUGAGGGGAAAGCGAAAGCGCCCGCCAAGGCUGCAGCCAAGAAGACUCCCAGCAAGGCCAAGAAGCCCGUCGUCAAAAAGGUGGCAGCGAGCAAGAAGCCCAAAAGAGCCGCGGCCAAGAAGACGAGCGCCAAAAAGGCCAGCAAGAAACCCGCCAAGGCUGCGACGCCUAAGAAAGCAGUCAAGAAGGCCACCAAGAGCCCCAAAAAGGCAGCGAUGGCCAAAAAAGUGCCCGAGGCCAAGAAGACUUCUACUGCCAAGAAGAGUCCAGCAAAGAGGGUGGCCAAGCCCAAAAGUGUCAAAAAGGCAGCACCGAAGAAGAAGUGAUUCAUUACUUCUCUCUACAAAAGGCUCUUUUUAGAGCCACCACACUCUUCCCCAAAACAGCAGUUAAUCCGUCGUAAAUUUCAUUUCAAUCAGUCCCAUGAACAUGCGUUAAAUAUGCCAUAAGAAACUUCUAACACUGCGUUCCAAACUUCCAUAAGUAUUGUCAGGUGUGUUUUAAUCAUUUUACCCUAAAAUUGCAAGCCUCACAUAUAAUCUAUCUUUACCCAAUUGGCGGUGUGUAAAUUCCAGUCUUAUGUUGCUCCAGGUCUGACUAGUUUGUAA